GCUCUGUACCCGUGAAAAAGGGGGCGGAGAGGAGAGAGAAGAGGAAGAGGCGGAGGUCACUUGGGCGCCCCAUCCCGCCCAGGCUUGGAGCGCAGCUAGGUGCAGAGGGAUCCUAGGAGCCGAGCGUGCCCGGCCGGUUCCGGGCUAAGGGAACGAGUGAGUGGAGGGGUCCAGCGGCGGGUCCACAGCCCGCGCCCGAGCAGGAUCUCCGCGCUGCGGUCCGUGGAACUUAAGACAGCUGCGGCGCGGGGCCCGGCGCGCCAUGGUGCACCGAGCGGCUCGCUCUUCUGCUCCACAGAGAGCCCGGCUGGCGGCCUGGGAUGACAAGAUGUCUGGACUGCAAGCUUGCACAGUUUUGAGAGGGAGAUGACUUGAGUGGUUGGCUUUUAUCUCCACAACAAUGUCUAUGAACAAUUCCAAACAGCCAGUGUCUCCUGCAGCUGGGCUUCUUUCAAACACAACUUGCCAGGCAGAAAACCGGCUUUCAGUAUUUUUUUCAGUAAUCUUCAUGACAGUGGGAAUCUUGUCAAACAGCCUUGCCAUUGCCAUUCUUGUGAAGGCAUAUCGGAGAUUUAGACAGAAGUCCAAGGCAUCGUUUCUACUUUUGGCUAGUGGCCUGGUAAUUACGGAUUUCUUUGGCCAUCUCAUCAAUGGAACCAUAGCAGUAUUUGUGUAUGUUUCUGAUAAAGACUGGAUCCGCUUUGACCAAUCAAAUGUCCUUUGCAGUAUUUUUGGUAUCUGCAUGGUAUUCUCUGGUCUGUGCCCACUUUUUCUAGGCAGUGUGAUGGCCAUUGAGCGGUGUAUUGGAGUCACGAACCCAAUAUUUCAUUCUACGAAAAUUACAUCCAAACAUGUGAAAAUGAUGUUAAGUGGUGUGUGCUUGUUUGCUGUUUUUAUAGCUUUGCUGCCCAUCCUUGGACAUCGAGACUAUAAAAUUCAGGCAUCGAGGACCUGGUGUUUCUACAACACAGAAGACAUCAAAGACUGGGAAGACAGAUUUUAUCUUCUACUUUUUUCUUUUCUGGGGCUCUUAGCCCUUGGUGUUUCAUUGUUGUGCAAUGCUAUCACAGGAAUUACACUUUUAAGAGUUAAAUUUAAAAGUCAGCAGCACAGACAAGGCAGAUCUCAUCAUUUGGAAAUGGUCAUCCAACUCCUGGCGAUAAUGUGUGUCUCCUGUAUUUGUUGGAGUCCAUUUCUGGUGACAAUGGCCAACAUCGGAAUAAAUGCAAAUCAUUCUCUGGAAACCUGUGAAACAACGCUUUUUGCUCUCCGGAUGGCAACAUGGAAUCAAAUCUUAGAUCCUUGGGUAUACAUUCUUCUAAGGAAGGCUGUCCUUAAGAAUCUCUACAAGCUUGCCAGUCGAUGUUGUGGAGUGCAUGUCAUCAGCUUACAUAUUUGGGAGCUUAGCUCCAUUAAAAAUUCCUUAAAGGUUGCUGCUAUUUCUGAGUCACCAAUUACAGAGAAAUCAGUAAGCAUCUAGUUUAAUAGGAUGGUAAGUCAGUGUAGGACUAGAACAAAAUUAAGAAAUGUUUGGCAAUAUUUCAGUUAGUUAAAUACCUGCAGCCUAACUGGAAAAUUCAGAACUCAUCAUAUAGUUUGAAGAUACUUUUGUCAGAUUCAGGUUUUGAAAUUUGUCAAAUAAACAGUACAAUUGAACAUUUUUCACUUGUUUUUGCUAAUGGGAGGUAGACACAAUGAAAUGCGGCCAUGGGAGUCACACUGAAAGCAAUUUGAGCUUAUCUGUCUAAUUUAUGCUUUGAGUGAAUCAUCUGUUGAGGUCUAAUGCCUUUACUUGGCCUGUUUGCCAGAGAACAUCUUAAUGCAGUCUGCAUAGUGAAAUGGUUAUUUUGAGAUUACCACUCUAUAGCUAUUCCUUAUAAACUAGGCCUCAUUUUUUGAUCUGGCCUAUUUUGCCUCUCAUUAUGUAGCCUCAGUUAAUACAUGCAUAGACACCUGGAAUUCACGAUGGUUUAUUAUAACAACCUCUGCAUAUUCCAGGCCUGGCUGACAGGUUGUCUGACUUUGCAAUCCUGUCUAGAAUGGGCUCAUUCUUGUCAUAUUUGCCAAAUACGACUGCUUACAUUUAUUACUAUGAAGGUAGAUGGUUGGAAGUGUUUUUCUUGAUGUCAUAGAUAGCAAUUUUCAAAUAAUCAUUUUUUCCUCUAAAAAUUUUAGUGCAUGGUUGCACAAUAAAUAAUUUUUAGAGAAACAAAGGCUUUAUCUCAGCACAUAGAUGGGUAACUUGCAUAACAGCAGUUUCAAAACUCUAUCAUGUAUAGUAUAAACAGAAGCUAUGUGCCAGUGAUAGGUGCAAAGAACAUUGGCAAAAGGUGCUUUACCUUGAGCCAUUAUUUGUGUCAGAGAACAAAAGAAACAUAAUCAAUAUAUAUUAUUUAAAGACUAUCUGCAGCUAGUGUGUUUAUUCUUUACACAAGUAUAUACACAGAGGCUGAGGCAGGAGAAUUGCUUGAAUCUAGGAGGCAGAGGUUGCAGUGAGCUGAGAUUGCACCACUGCACUCCUGCCUGGGUGACAGAGCGAGACUCUUUUCUUUUUAUCAAAAGAAAAUUCUGUUGAUAGCAGGUUGAUUAAAUUUGUAAGACACCAUGUUCCAAAGCCUGUACUACCAGUACCAAGAGGGGAAGAUUGGCAAUUUGCCAAGCAUUUGGGGAUUAUUAUAACGAUUAACUAGGAGAUCAAGAGAUAAUAAUCUCUCCCCAAAUUUUCCACUAAUAAUUGAGACUUUGUCUUUGCUUGUUUGUAUAAUUCAACCAAAAGAAUUUCAAUGCUCUUUCAAAUUGUCCUAAGUCUAUCAGAAAUUAGGGUAGGUAGUCCUGCUUUAUAACAGGGAAAUUCAUUUCUGUGUAAGAGUUCUUUGCUUUAAUUAACUUGGAUCCAUUUAAAAAUUAUUCCUCCCUGUUAGGCUGAUUUCAGAUUCUCUAGGAAACCUGUGUAAUUCAAUGAGACUUAAAUUAUUACACUCAUAAAUAUCUGCUUUUGAUUGGUCAUUUACAUUGGAAGACAUUGUUAACUUUUAGUGAGUUUUGGUAAAUUCCCAUCAGUAAAUUAAAAGGAAUUAGGCAAAUAGCCUCACUGAAGAUCUAAAAGCAAUAAUUUUUCAGUAAGUUUAAAGAAGAGAAACACAAACAUAUUGGCACAUGAUAUCCUUAAGACCAGUAAAUAAUAAAUAAAACAAAUUUAGGUUAUUCUUAUUUAUAGAGCAUAUAGUAGAUGCUCGACAAAUACUUUCCAGGUUGAAUUACAGACAAGAGUUCCUCAGUGUAAAAUAAACACAGGAUCUCAAAGUUUGGUGCAGUUUCAAUUUAAACUGAUGGUUAUGGGUUAUUGUGGUAUAUAUGAGUGGAUGUAUGUAUAUACAUGUGUGAAUAUGUGUGUGAUAUAUAUUUCUAUAGCACAUAUGCUUUUAAAAAGCUGCUGCAAUUGGUCACUGUUAUUACAUUUCAUAAAUGCUCUCAUUUGUUUCAAGAAAUCUUAAAGCCCAGAAGACCUUUCAGAUGGUUUGUUUGCUUUCAGAGGUGAUAUUUAUUUCAUACAAUUACAUAAGAGUAUUGAUGUCAUGUGAACAGAGACAUAAUUCAGAAUCAUUUUCUAUCCUUCCUCAUCAUACUAGGUACAAUGCUUCAGUGAAUAUUUCUGUGUAUUUGGACUGAGGAGAGGCAUGGAGAGGAAACUCUCAUUUAGGGGCUGCAGGCCCCUUCUCGGACUUGAGGCUUCUAAAUAAAUGGCAGAAUUCUUGCUCUAUUGCCAUGAUGUCACCCUGGCCAUAUUCACUGCCUUGAGGAGCUCUUGCAACAUGACCGUGUGUGAGAAUGUAUGAGUGUGCAAGGCUUUGAGGAGUGAGAGAGGGGUGUGCAUAUCCUAGGAGGAUUAUCUAUGUUAUCUGAGCAUAGGUUUGGGGAACCAAAUUGGUCUUAAAAAUGAUGUUAAAGCCAAGAAGUAGACAUCAAAAACUGAAAAGAAAAAAAUCAUGUGUUUCCAUCGUUUUAAGUUUUUCUUCUGAGAAAAACAAAAUUAAAUAAAAAACAUGCAACACUGUGCAUAUCUGACUUCAGACUUUUAUUUCUGUUAUUAGAUGUGUCGCAUGUAGCCUGACAAUUUACUGUAUGAUGAAUAAUAGACUGGAACAUCUACCAAUAAUUUUCAUACAAAUGUUCAAAACAGAAGUAUAUUUGUUCAGGUUUCUAGAAAUAAAUAGUAAAAUAAAUAGUACAAAGUUUCAAUAAAUUUAUCAAUUUGAGUGUUUUUGGCUCUAUUUCAAAACUCAUAACUAAUCUUUGGAGUAACCGAAUUUCCCUUUGAACUGGGUAAGGCAUUAUCCAAACAACUUUACAUACUAUUUAAACAUGAUUUCUGGGUAAUUUUAUUAUUCUGGGCAAAUAACGUAAACAUGUCAGGAUUUUUACAAGUCCUAGUGAUUUUUUUUUUUUUUUUAAAGAUGAGACCAAAGCCAAAACAUCACACAUAGGUUUUUCUGACUAUGCAUACAAAGAUAGGUAAUACUAAUUCACAGUUAGCUCUGGGUACAUCUAGAUAUCAGACCUUUAACUGAUGGGUUUAACUAGGGUGAUAGAAAUGUUUUUCUAGAGGCAGAAAGUUUUUUUUCUCUAGAGGCAGAAAGUUGCUUCUAAUUAUAUACAUAGCUAAAGUGAAAAAUACCUGAAAGUUAAUACACACAUAUGUAGAUAUAUUUGUGUUAUGUGGUAAAUGGUCUUGUUUACACACUUCUGGACUUGAGAAGUCUGUAUUUGUUUUGCACCUACUCUGAGUUUAGAACCCAAAUAAGAGGACUUGUUAAAUACACAGUGAACUUUUUGUGAAAACUGUUACUAGCUUCACCUGUAUGCCAUCAUUGCUCCAAAUUAAAUUACUGUUUAGGGUCAGAUUAUAAACGCUUGGAAUAUACAUUUUAUUGCUUCUUAAUCUAGGAGUCAAAGAUUUUACCACCUGGUAAAUAAUGUUGGACUUCAACUUGUUACUGACACAUUUUAAUAGUAGAUGAAUUCCGUUUUUCUUUGUUAUGUGAAUAAAUGUAUAUUGUGCUCUUCAGACUUGUUGGAUUGUAUAGAGAUUAAAUAGUGAUAUGUAUAUUUUGUUGUUUGCUUUGCUUUGCAACUCAUGUAAUUUCAGUGCUUUGACUAGCUUAAAACUUCAAACAAGUAAUUUAACAAUAAAGUUGGACU